CGAGCCCACCGUUUGAGCAGAAACGUAUCCCAGAAAACCAGAAAGACAUAACCUCGGAUUGAGGCUCAAACAUGGAGCCAUGCAAUGCACCCUACCGAUACCAGCCACUGCCGACGCCGACAUGCAUCAGGGUACUGAAUAUCCUGGACGAGGAGGAGACGCUCCACGUCUCGUUGCGAACCGUCGACUUGGCAGAUGAGCCGUUCUUCUACGCCCUGUCGUACACCUGGGGCAACCCCCAUGCAAACGGUGUCGACUUCACCGAGCACUUCAAUGCCGUGAACGAGGAGUACAGCGUCUCGCAGAAGACGCCAAUCCUGUGCGACGGGCAGGUGCUCGAGGUGCAACGAAACCUGCUCGACAUCCUCCGCGAGCUCCGACAGCUUCUGAGCAGUCCGAACUCACAGUCACAGCCACCUCUCCUCCCGACAGACGGCAAGCUGUGCAUCUGGAUCGACGCCAUAUGCAUCAACCAGAACGACAUGGCCGAGCGGGCGGCACAGGUCCGGAUCAUGGAUCAGAUCUACAAAGCGGCCGCGCACACGGUCGUCUGGCUCGGACGAGCGGACCAGUACACGCAGGCGGCCGCCGCCACCAUCGCCAGGGUGGCCGCCUAUCCCCGCGACGUCUUCGCCGCCAGCGGAGCGAGCCCCUUCCGACGGCAGGAUCCCGAGGUGUACGCCAAGAGCGGCCUGCCCUACACCAGCUGGAUGGACUGGUGCAGCGUGGCGGCGCUGCUCAAGCGGCAGUGGUUUUCGCGCGUGUGGAUCAUCCAGGAGACGGUCCUCUCGCGCAGCCUGGUGCUGCUGUGCGGGCGGCACGCCAUCGCCUGGGCCGACCUGGUCGCGGCGGCACGCAACGUCGCGGCGCGCUGUGCCGUGCUGGGCUGGAGCCCGAGCACCAUGUUCCUGCAGGCGCACGAGAUCGCCGUGCCGCUCGAGCACAACGUCCUGCGCCUGGCCGACUGGCGGGAGCACUACCACCGGUCAAAGAACAACAACAACAACAACAACGAUAAUCCAGAAGAAGAAGCCUGGCGCUUUACCCUCGAGAACCUGGUCUACGACACGUGGAUCUUCACGUCGACGGUCCCGCACGACAAGAUCUACGGCAUCCUGGGCCUGGUCCAAGAAGAAGACCCGGCCGUCGUCCGCGCAGCAGCAUGGCCCAUCGACUACCAGGCCGCGCCGGAGCAGGCGUUCGCCCUGGCGACGAAGCGCAUCAUCGCGCAGAGCAACUCCUUGAAAAUCUUGUCGUGUGUGCAAGAUGCCUCGGUGAGGAAGAUCCGCGCCCACCCGUCCUGGGUCCCGGACUACAGCCUGCCCUAUUUCAACAUGAUGUGCAACGCCGGGCCGUUCUCCGCUGCUGGCAGCCUCCCCCUCUUCACUUUCUCACUUCUAAACUCAAAUUCAAAUUCAAACUCAGCUAGUUGGUCCACCCUCCAUUUAAAAGCCCACCUCUUCGACAGGAUAACCACCCUCGCCGCCCCCCGAAACCCAUCCGUAGUAAACAGCGCCAUGCUCCUCGACCCCUCCUGGCUGGACCUGACCCUCCUCCUCCAGACCCCUUACCCCCACACAAACCCACCCCAGAAGCGCACCGAGGUCCUCUGGCGCACGCUCUGUGCCGACCAGGACCAGACAGACACCAUCUCGCCCGCGCCGGCGCGGUUCGCGGCACUAUUUAAAGAGUUGCUGUGUGCGAUGGUGAUGGUGCGGGCUGAGCUGGAGCAGGAGGAGACAGAGUCUCGUCACAGCAGUGGAGGAGAGGGGGAGCUGGUGGCCGACGAGUGCGCCGCUUCGAUUGGCGAAGCGCUCACCUGGGCGCGGGAGGCUUGGAGUAAUGUGUUAGGAUGGGAUAAGGUCGAGUCGAUGGCAGAGUUGCGGGAAAAAGCGAAGGGGCGCUUUGCAGGCCCCGAGUGUGGGUGGUUGGUGUACACGCUUGUCAAGCUGCAGGCGCUGGCUGUGACGGAGGAAGGAGGAGGGGCGGACACGCCGGGCUGGGAGGAGCUGGAGCGGUUUUCGGAGGCGCCGAGCUAUGUCAUGAGGGUGAAGGACGGGGCCGAGAGGCGGUUGGUCCUGCCGGCGGACGCCGGGUUCGCGAAUUCGUUUCGACGGAGGUAUGGGAAGCGGAGGCUGUUUUGCACCGAGAAGGGGUACCUCGGUCUCGGGCCCGCUUCGGCCGCCGUGGGGGAUGUGGUGUGUAUCUUGCCCGGGGCGGCUGGGCCGUUCGUCCUGCGGGAGUUUGGGGGUCGGUGCGAUGGAGCGAAGAGGCUGCGGCUCGUUGGUGAGAGCUAUGUCCACGGCAUCAUGCAUGGCGAGGCGGUGGAGGCGGACGGGCUUGUGCUAGAAGACAUUGAGCUGGUUUAGUUAGGUAAACCGCAGCUGACAAGAUCUUCAAUGUCUUUUCUUUCGUUGUCACGUCGUCUUAAUUCUGGCUAGCGAUCUUGUUCCUCGUUGCUGAGAUCAGGUAGGUCACUUUGCCGAGUCUAUGGAACCCGGAAUGAAAGCGGCAGGUUCAGUCUGAUAUCCUAGGCCAGAGGUCGGUCUAGGCCACAGCGAUGGAUGAAUCAGGGUAGAAAGCUCAGUACUGCACUUGAUUGCCUGAUAUAAGGAGAGAAAUAGGCAACUCAGCACUUAAACCAGGUUCGUAGUAGUAACGAGUGGAAGAAGAAAACGGGCCAAUCCACCGGACAGACAAUCUUCGCAUCAAUCCCUGAAACCAU